CUAUAAAAUACUUCUUUUGUUUAUGGUCCGCGUCUUCUCUCCUAGUUUGUGAGACAACAGUGAUAUAUUUUUUGGAUCUUUUGAUCCGUUUUAAUGGCUGCCUCAUUGCGCGGUUGAAUGGUUGCUUUAAUUUAAACAUGAGUGAUUAUUCUUCUAUGGCUACGCUUCAAAACAAUAGCAAACCGGUGGGAUUUGCGGCUGCUGUACAACGUGCUAGAUUGGUUGCAGCUAAAAUUGAAGGUAGCGGCAGUAAAAGAUCAUUGGAAGAAGGACCAGAGCCAAUUCCAAAAAAACAAGCGUCAAUUGAGCCUUCAUAUCCAAUUCAACAACAGCAACCACAACCGCCACAGCAAAUGAGUGUAACGGCGACAGCGGUUGCGACACGCAUCGCGAACGUGUCAGCGACACCCGCACCGCCCUCUGGCCCUCCAAACAUGAUGCCUGAUCAGACCAUUAAUGAGUACAUCAGGGUUCCGGAUAAAAUGGUCGGAUUGAUCAUAGGACGUGGGGGAGAGCAGAUAACUCGUUUACAAGCUGAGUCGGGCUGCAAGAUACAGAUGGCCCCAGACUCAGGCGGACAGCCCGAUCGACUGUGUACGCUCACGGGCUCCCGGGAAGCCAUCACGAGGGCUAAUUUAAACUUUCCACACAGGGAACUAGUUAACCAGAUCGUAAAUCACCGUGGUCGUGAGAACGCUCCACAGCAUCAAGACAAUCCAGGUGGUGGAAUGCCACCCAUGAACAGGGGAGGUGGUGGUGGUGGUGGUGGUCUUGCAGUCACGGAAGAAAUAAUGCUGCCCGGCCCUAAAGUUGGUUUGAUCAUUGGCAAGAAUGGUAAGACCAUAAAGCAACUGCAGGAGCAGUCUGGUGCCAAGAUGGUGGUCAUACAAGACGGACCUAAUACUGAAUAUGAGAAACCCCUUCGUAUAUCCGGAGAUCCGUCGAAGGUGGAGCACGCGAAGCAGCUUGUGUUUGAGCUGCUGGCGGACAAAGACAUGCAGCAGGGCGGCGGUGGCGGGCCACGAUCUUACGACGACGGAGGCUACCAGCAGGAGCAGGGCAACGGACUUGCUACCAAUUCCACUGAGGUCUUAGUACCAAAAGUGGCGGUGGGUGUGGUGAUCGGAAGAGGUGGUGAUAUGAUUAAGAAAAUUCAGGCGGAAACCGGCUGCAGGGUUCAGUUUCACCAAGAGAGAGAUGAUGGACCUGGAGAUAAGAGGUGCUACUUACAAGGCAAACCUCAUCAAGUGGAACAGGCAAGACAGAUGAUUGAAGAUUUAAUUGCAAGUGUAAAUCUGCCUCCGCAGUUGGCGAUCCGGUCGGGGCGCGGGCGCGGUGGCGCUCAGCGCAACGGCGGCGAGCGGGACUUCCAGCAGUGGCCCGAGCAGGGCCAGGAGAUCCGCGUCACCUUCACCGUCUCCAACAUCAAGUGCGGCCUCAUCAUCGGACGCGGUGGCGAUGUUAUUAAACAAAUCAACGCUCAGUCUGGCGCGCACUGCGAGCUGGAUCGUCGGACGCAGAACAACGACCGUAACAAUCGCACUUUCUACAUACGCGGACACCCGGAGGCGGUCGAGCAUUGUAAGCGGAUCAUCAUGGAGAAAGUUGGGACGCCGGUCAAUUUUAUGCCCGAUAACGGGAACGGCGGUAACGGUGGCGGCAAUGGUAACAACGGUAACGGCGGAGAUUACUACGGAGCUGCGCCUGCUCCUGGCCCACCUGCCUGGGGAUACAACCCGCACUGGCACCACCAACAACAGCACCAACCACAGCAACAAGUCCAAAUCAAUCCCGCUACUGGUCAACCAGACUACUCCCAACAAUGGAUAGACUACUACCGUUCACUAGGACUCAUGCGCGAGGCUGAAGCGGUGGAACAGCAGACUAAACAACAACAGCAAGGGUCCGGUGGUGGAGGCGCGCCCACAACGCCCACGUCAGCGCCGGCCAGUGCGCAGCCCGCCUCACCCGCGCCCGCCGCUGACUACAGCGCGCAAUGGGCAGAGUACUACCGCGGCAUCGGCAAGAUAAAGGAGGCCGAAGCUAUCGAGGCACAGAUCAAGAUUAAGUCGCAGCCGGGCAGCGCGCCGACGCAGGCCGCCCCGCAGGCCACGCCGCCCAACCCCACGCCGCCGUCGUCCAGCGCGGGCGGCGUGGUGUCGCAGUACGGCCAGUACGGCGUGUACCCGCCCGUGUACCCCGGGUACCCCUACCCCUACCCCGGCGUGCCGCCCGCGCCCGAGCACGCGCCGCACCAGCACCAGUAGACGAAGCCCCGCCGGACCGCCCGAUACGGAACCGAGAAGAUACCUCUCCAUUGUAGAUUAUAAAACUAUAUUAUAAGCGGCGUAUAUCGUAUCACCCACAAUAAAUAAUUUGACUAUUCGAUAUUUAAUCAAAUGUUAAUUUGCACACGAACAUGUUAUGUAUGUUUAUUUCUUGUGGGUACUUCAAUAAAUAUUGUCAAAUUUAAAUAGACUAUGAGAUUAUUUUACGUCAAACAGCUUCCAUAUAUUAUGAUACAAAUUCACGGCCGUGUGGUAAUUUCUUGAUUUUCUUAUUGCACCUGCGUAUACACUCGUAUCGUUAAACGUUGAAUAUUUUUGUAUAAUUCUUUCUGUGCCGAUAUUGAUCAUUGACGUGCCAGUUUGUCCAGGUUUAAACUUUAGAAUGCCACACUGCCUAAAACGAUGUAACAGAGAGAUCCGACGGAGCAAUAGAAUGAGACAGAAAGAGAAAAAUGAAAGCGUAAUGAAAGAGACAUUGCUUCGCCGCAGCGAGGACUCGAGGUAAAUGCACUGUAUCGAGUGACUAGCUUAUCACAAUUCACGAUGUUAUCCACUGGGUAUUAUGACUUGUGUAAUCUCAAACUUCGAAUGCGGAGGUACAGGUGUUUACGCUCGAUAAAAUGAUCUUGAUACUUUAAUUCAAUUAUAGUUUAUAUGUAAGCGUAAAAAUUAAUAAUAAACUCCACAUUCGACGUCUGUCGUACGAUAAACUAUGUCUAUUUAUAAGUUAGGUAUCACUGGUUAGGGUGUCGUCGUGACCUCUCUCGACAGCUCAUUAGGUAACUUUAAUUCGUCUUACAGAAAUAUAGAAUCAUAAUUUAGAAUAUGUAUUUUUAAUUAAUAAAAUUAGCUUUGGUAAUAAAAUUAAAUAAGGUAUGAAGGGAAGUAUCGGAACUCGAUGAAGUUGAACGCGAUGUGGAGCGACAUUCCCGACAGAAUUGUUUUUAACAAUAGAAUCGGUCAUGAUGGAACAAUCGUUCACUACGGGGCGUCCCGAUUAAUUGUAUUAAUAUUAAGAUAUAAAGUGUAUGUUUAUUGA